AUGACAAAAUACUCAGAUUACAUUCUUUGUGCGUUCUUGGGGUUGGGAACUUAUGUGGUAGACCGUGAAGAUUCUCUGAUGGAUCAUAUAGAAAAGAGAAGGAAAGUUGGUACUCUUCCAGCACCAACCUUUAUUGAACCACCAGUUUCAAGUAGGAAAGGAAGAAGUAUUCGGACCAAGGUACGGGCUUCUAAACGGGAGUUAUUGAUGCAGAAAUAA